GAGCGAUCGCGGUGCUUGCAAGGCGUCAACACAGGCGAUGAAAAGUUUGUGACGUUAGCAACCUACUUCACUUUCGUGUCGGGCAGUGGAGCAGGCUGAUCUUCAAAAACUGCGUUGAAGCCGGUAGAGAGUGGUUGUCGUACUUGUGCUCCUGCCUUCCGUGCGAUCUCCUGCACAGACCAUUGCUUCUCGAAAUCAAACCUACCAAGUACAGGACGAGAGCGCCUCGAUUUGGCUUCGAUAUUCCUGACACCAAGAGGAAGCUGCGGCGACGCGCGCGUUGAGAACGGAUGGCGAAAACGUGGAGAACAGGCCCCUUGUCUAAUUCCUCCACUUCCAAAGUGGUGCAACGGGCUGAUUGCCUGGGAGCUCAGAAGGGAAAUGCAGGGCUUGUGCAAUUGCAAAGCAGGCAGCCUCGCCAGGGGUUUAAUCGGCCCAGUGCACUGCUUACAAGCUCUCCCCAGCAGCCUGCAGCCGUCCGGGGCUGCCCUGUGACGAUAGAUGCCAGCAGCGCAGGCAGCAUCAACCUGCGCUUGAAGCUCUGCGCGCAGUGGAGCGAUGUGGCCAAGGUCAUUGACGACUUUGGCGACUCGCUGGGCGCCAGUAAUGUGGCGUAUGCCCUCUUCCGCCUGGGCUGCCUCUACUGCUUCAUGUCGGUGCAGAGGAAGGAGGCCCUGGAGAGGUCUGGAAUGCCGGAGGCUCUUUUGAAGAGAACUAGCGACAAGGUUGCCUCGUUCUGCGCCUCGGAUGUCACCUUUGCGCUGGACGGCAUGGCUCGGCUGAGGAUGCAGCCGGAGACUCCCCUGCUGGAUGCCCUCGCCGACAAGGUGGCAGCAGAAGCAGCAAGCCUGCAGCCGUCGCAGGUGCCGCUGAUACUGUGGGCGUUUGCAAGCCUGGGCUACUGCCCGGUGGUGGCGGUGCUGUCAGUGCUGGAGGCGCAGGUCAGGAGGUGCAGCACGCAGAUAACGGCACAGGGUGUGUCCCUGGUGCUGUCGGCCUGUGCUGGGCUGAAGCACACACCGGAGCGGGGCACUCUGGCAUGCCUGUCGGCCGCCAUGCGCAGGAGCCUGGCCGCCUUCAAGCGCCAGGAGCUGGCCUCCUCCCUCGAGGCCUUCAAGGCCUUCAACUACCACCCCGGCAACGAGCUCCUCAAGGCCAUUGCAAGGCAGGCGGGGCUGACGCUGUCGCCAGCAGCGCUGCAGCCGGAGAGCAGGGAGGUGGCCAACAACGUGGUGGCCACCGGCGGCAGCUCCCGCGCAGCUUCCCCGCUGGCCGCCAUCCGGGAUCGCGGUGCGGCCGCGGCCGAGCGCUUCCUUGCGCGCCAGGCCAGCAGCGGCACACUCGCUGCUAUCACUGCCAGAGAGGUGCAGCGGAGGGCGGGUCAGGCAGUGCAGAGCAUGAGGGAGGGGCUGAGUCAGGGACUGGGCUCAAGCGUGGACGACUGGAUGUAUGAGUUUGGCGAGCGCAAGAAGCCCGAGCUGCAGCCGUCUUUGCUGGCCGAGCGCCUCGAUAGCUGGAGAUUUGGCAAGGGCGGUGUCAGCGGGCCUCAAGUCAAUGUAUGA